UUAAACAAAAUCUGUUUUAAAUUAUCCGCGUGUAGCGCCCUCAUUUCAGUUUCGGUCGCGCAUGAUCAUAGUCGCCAUUUUGUGUUUGUGAAACAUUUGCAGCUGUCAUUUGUCAUAUUCCUUUUCGAUUGGAGGUGCAAGAAGCACGUUUCAAAGAUGCAAAUUUUCGUGAAGACCCUCACGGGUAAAACCAUCACGCUUGAGGUUGAGCCCUCUGACACAAUCGAAAAUGUCAAGGCUAAGAUCCAAGACAAAGAGGGAAUCCCUCCAGAUCAGCAGCGUUUGAUCUUCGCUGGCAAACAAUUGGAAGAUGGACGCACGCUCUCCGACUACAACAUCCAGAAGGAGUCCACUCUCCACUUGGUGCUGCGUCUGCGAGGUGGUAUCAUCGAACCAUCUCUGCGCAUCUUGGCCCAGAAAUACAACUGCGACAAGAUGAUCUGCCGCAAAUGCUACGCUAGGCUGCAUCCACGUGCGACCAACUGCCGUAAGACCAAGUGCGGACACACCAACAACUUGCGCCCCAAGAAGAAGUUGAAGUAGAUACAAAACUUUUUUCCAGCAAGAUGCAGCACUUGCUGCUGCAUCAGAUUAUUAUUUUGCACUCAAGAUUGGAAUAUUACAAGCUGAAUAAAAGCGGUUAACAUCUGAAAUGGUAAAAAUGGCUGAACAUAAAUAAAUUGACCAUCCUUUUAA